CAUGCGUAUGGUUGCCGUUAAACCGAUUUUGCAAAAUAAGUGCUACAGAAGUUCAUUUUACGUAACUAAGGCUGAAGCUUGUAGAAAAAUAUAGUGUUUAUCAUAACUUUGUUGUAGUGACGGUGUUAAUGCUUCGAAGCUAUCCAAUGGAUACUAAAGUAAUUGCGCAUAACAUUGGAAAGAAAGUUCGUACGAACGACAUACACAUUACCGAACAUGUCGAUUUCGCUGGACUUCUACUAUCUGGUUCUGUACAGAAUGGACUGAGAACUGCUGGGUUCAAAAGACCUUCACCUAUACAACUAAAGGCUAUACCAUUAGGCCGUUGUGGUCUAGACCUGAUUGUGCAAGCAAAAUCUGGCACAGGCAAGACAUGUGUCUUUACUGUAAUUGCCCUUGAGAACUUGGUGGCAGAAUCGGCUGCUACUCAGGUGCUAGUUCUUGCGCCGACAAGAGAGAUUGCCAUUCAGAUAACAGAGGUGUUUCAUAUGAUUGGCAGUGGCAUUCCUAACCUUAAAUGCGCACACUUCAUUGGGGGAACAACUCUGCAGCAGGAUGUACUGAAGGCUAAAAGAUGCCAUGUAGCAGUUGGUACUCCAGGGAGGAUCAUGCAGCUGAUUGAGCAACAGAUCCUUAAGACAGAUUCCAUACGUAUGUUUGUCUUAGAUGAGGCGGAUAAGCUACUAGAAGAGAGUUUCCAAGAGCAAAUUAAUUGGAUAUACUCGACACUUCCAGAAAACAAGCAGAUAUUAGCAUUGUCUGCCACCUAUCCGGAAUAUUUAGCGGAGCAUCUCACCCACUACAUGCGGAACCCCAUGUUCGUACGACUUGAUUCAUCUAAUCCUGCUCUCCUAGGUGUUCAACAGUACUACCAUAUAGUACCAUUUCAUCCAAUUCCACAGAAGGCAUUUGACAACAAACUGAAAGCACUUUUUGAGCUUUUGUCAACUGUCACAUUUCAUCAGUGUUUGAUCUUUUCUAAUUACCAGACAAGGGCUCAGACAUUGAGUGAGCAGCUAAAUGCACGUGGCUGGCCUACGGCUUACAUCUGUGGCUCACAGGACCAAAAGCAGCGCACACACAUUUUGACUCAGUUAAAGCUGCUGCAGUGCAGAAUUCUAGUCUCUACGGACCUGACGUCAAGAGGCAUUGAUGCCGAAUAUGUGAACUUGGUAGUGAACCUAGAUGUGCCGUAUGAUACAGACACAUAUCUACACCGAGUGGGCAGAGCUGGCCGAUUUGGGAGCAUAGGAGCAGCUGUUAGCAUUGCAACCAUUGGGAAAGAGGAGGGCUCAAUCAAGAACUUUAUGGAAAUCUGUAAUACACACGUGAAGAAAUUGCCAGAACCAUUCCCUGAAGACCUUGUCACAGCUACAGAUGGGAGGUACUUUUCUGACAAGGUUUCAAAGAUUGAAGUGUAUAAAAAGCAUGACGACUCAGGAACAAUGCAACAUUCUAAUGGGGAACAUAUCACCGACCUAACAACAUUGCAUGGUAGCCAAAGCAAUGAAAAGCCAAUAUCUGACAGCAAGGAGAAUGUUCCUCCCCUGCUCAGCAAUACUCUCAUAGAAAAUAGAAAUGACUUCCCAAGUAAAAGUAUCGUAAAUGUUGAUGCAAAGCCGUCUCUGGUUGCAGACUGCUCUGAGCCUCAUGCCAGUCUGAAUACUAUUAUGGAAGCUGUCUCAAGUGGUAUAUUUAAAACUAUGUAUAUGCACGAAAAGCAAUACUUCUACCAAUCAGAUGAGGUUGCCACUAGCAGCGAUGAACCCAGCCAGGUGCAUGAAGGUUGUACUACAUGUAGUGGAAGUGGAUGCAUUGGAAGACAAAGACAUAAAAUUGGCACGUCUGUGAAACAUCUACCAUUUAAGACCAAACUGACUAGCUCCAAAGACUGUAGGGAUAACUGGAGUGAUGUUCAAACUGACGUGCAUUCUAUUAGUAAUGGCACAAGGCAUCUUCCUGCUAACAUUGCUAGUAACACUAGUGAUGCACUUGGCGAAUUACCCUGCUCUGUAUUUAUAUCUAACAAAAAAGAUGCCUCAUAUGUGAACAACCUAUCAGGCAGUGUUAAUGUAGGGUACAGCUCGCCUCACCCAGAAACUCCACUACUCAAAAUCAAAGCACAGACUAAAGUGCAGCAAAACUCAUUUCAGAAUAUCAAAGAUGAUUUAGAUGUGUUUAUAACUGCUUUCACAGAACCAGUGAGAAACGAGGUACUUUUGAUGUUACAAGGCAAAGAAAUGUAUCCAAAUAAAUAUAUCCAUGAGUGUAAAAUACAAAAGAAUCUAGAUCUUGUGGCCCCCGUGGCAGUGAGGAGUAAGUGUAGCAUGUGUCUACACUUUCAGGAUAACCAGCUUAGGGAAAUAAUCCAUCAGAAACUGCUAAAGUCAAGAUGUAGGCAGAACGGCAUACAGCAUUGUCAGAACCCUGACUGUGAGACAGUGGAAUCAUCCGAAUCAGGGUUGUCAAGCACUACUAGAAGUCAUGUAGAUAUUCACACAGGUAAUACCCACCAAACUAACAGCAGGAAGCCUUGUGGGCAGUCCACCUGGUUAUCACAUGUCUCAAAUGGAAAAACAAUACAAAGGAAUGCAAAAGUAGUUGAAUCAAUGCUAUCUAAGCCCCUAAUCGAAAAUUCCGAUGCAAUUAGUCACAAUAUACAAACUACGCACAACCAAGACAUUGAUGUUAACAGGGUGGCACAACCUAGUGCAGGAAGCGGAAUAAGUAAUGAACCAUGUAUCGCAUCAGUCACUCACAAAGCGAGGUUUUCAGAUAAAAAGAAGGAAGAUUCGCAAUCGGUAGGUGGCUGUAAGAGUCAACAAAUGCAAACCAAGUUGGAUGAAAAGUCUGUGGCAUCAGAAACUCUCGUGGUUUCAAGCCAACAGCUUCCUGAUAGCAUAGCAGUGCAGAAAUCAUUUUCACGUGAUCAUUACAAAGGUGAUGGAAAUAAUAAGGAAACCUCAAUUGCUACGAAGAAGUCCGAGAAUGCACUAUAUUACAGAGGACAGCCUGCUGAACACAUUGAAGAAUAUGAAACCAGUGAAAGAUCCGGUGACUUCUUUUCUGACACAGAAACUAACAGCAAGACCAGUAGUGUGACAUCCAGCAGUGAGACCUCUGAUGAUGAAGCGUUUGAGGCAUGUGAGAGAAAGUCUGCAACCCUACAUGGUCCAGCAAAGCGUUGGCCAUCUGAUACACGGAAAACAAACCCUGUAUAUAGCAACACUUCAAAACAGUGUAGCUACUGUCACAGGGUUUCUGCUUGCAGACAGGAGGAAAAUACCACAGCUUUAUGCUGUUACAUGAAAAGAGUUAGUGAUUGGUACUGGAACUGUAAUGUUUCUCGCAGGUAUGCUCCUUAUUCAUAUACGAGUCGUGAUUGGUUAACUGGUUGGUAUGUUAGUGGUGCACUAUCAAACUACUAUAGAAAUAAUGGUUUUUACAUGUACGCGUCAAGAAUUUCUAAAGCCAAUGAUACAUGAUUUAGCAAAUCUUGACUGCAACUUUUUGUAACAUUUGUUUGAACAUUCCAUGCAAUGACGCUCGUGUAAACAGUACGAUAGCAUGUUGCACAGUUUUGCAGAAAUUGGAGGAUCAAUAGUUAUAUUUGAAAGAAACGCAGAAUACUUGUUCCCUGUUUGUCAGCUCUUUAUUGCAAUUCCAUGACCAAGUACAAGUCCCCUAAACCCCCAACUGCCUACAGUCAGUAGUGCCUAGUUGUCUAUCCGUGAAGCCCUGGUAUCAUUUACAAGCUGAACGGUACGGAAUAAGGAUGAAAGCAGAUUUCGUACGCAGUACAAAAAUCGUGUGCUCAGCAGUCGGCUGCCAUAAACCAAAAAGGCCUGAUGUUUCGCGAAUUCCACGUAAAUCAAAAUCAUAACCGUGAGCCCUAUAAUCUGUAGAAAUCCAUGGCAGCUAAACCAAAUAACUCUGACUAAUUUUGCCACGUAACCAAGAAUUAAUACGCUCAGUAAAAUAUCGCGAUCCGCUUUACACCAUACAUUUCUGCGGGGAAUUGUAGGUUCACGAUAGACGUAAGAGUUGAACAGUACUUGUUCUUUGGAUUCUACGAAGUGACUGAUUUAUUUUGGCGCGCAAAGGCGGUCACGUGUGUAUAUAACUGUAUAUAAAUGUUUACGUAUUCAGUGUUCCUGACAAUUUCCUUGUGCUUCCCUAACACAACAAACAAACUCCUGCCCCUAACGGUGUAGGUAAGCUGGUCGUUACCAUCCUAAUUUACAUAUAGUUACAUGAAUAGACAUAGCUAGAGAGCGAUAUCCGACUGAUGCGCAUCACUGUUGUCUUCGUAGUGCUUAUCUUCUGUGGCUGCUUUUCGUUGACUGUUUUCGCUGACAAUAAUGUUUACUGAAUACUGAGAUUAUAUGAAUAUGGAGUGUCCGAUGAUAACUGACAACAGCGCGGCUCGAGUGGAUCGUCUGUCUAUCGAAGCAAUGGUGGAAGACUGCGAGAGAGAGCGUUGGUGACUCGCUUCUGUCCUCUGUCCCCAAAUCCCAAUGCGGCUGGUUUUUAUGCAUCUGCAGGAAUCCGUGGCCCGAUGGUGGUCAAGGCCUUGUUGCGUGCGGAUGGUGCAUUACUGUCGUCAUGUGCUAAAAUAAGCCUAUGACGCCACAUAGGUGUAAAGUUAACGGCUCGUGUCGCUCGCUGCGCUCGGCUCAUAUUAAAUAAUUCGCUCUACAUUGAUAUAGCUUAUAUAUUAGUAUAUGUUCCCACUUUGAUACCUUAGCCGAUAUCCGACUAAGCAUGCCACCACCGACAUGGUAGCCACGACGUAAACAUUUAAAAAUUUAUAAGUUAAUGAUUCAUUAUCUAUAUUCACGGAGCACUAUAUUUUAUUAGUUUUGUUAUUUUCUGCUCUUCUCAAUAGCAAUAUUUGUUUUCUGAAAGCUGUCCAACGAAUAAAAUGACCAUUCAUCUA